CGCAACGUUAUUCAAAAUGGCGGUUUUGUAGCAGUGUGUACGUGUUAUGUCUGAAGAAAAAGAUUCCUCUACUGUCUCAGACAGCUGUGUUGAUAACUUGGUGCUCGCACAAGAAAUUUUUGGUAAGAACAAUAUUACAUGGAUAUCCUCGAGAAACAAAUUUAGGACACAGAAUUUUAUUCAGAAGUUCAUACGAAAAUUCGUAGUAAUGCACCAUUCAUACCAGCAUACUCAGGGGGAUUUGAGGUUUUAGCCUACUUUCAUGUUAAAUUCGUUAUCCAGAGGGAAAACACUGAUGUCAAAUACCCCUUCCCCUUCACGGAGGGUGUUAUCCGCCUUGGACUACGGCCUCGACGGAUAGCACCCUCUUUGAUCUCCAUGAUUCUUCAUAAGAUACUCAGCCUCAUUCAUUAAUUGUUAAUUAUUUUACAUAAGAUCUUCUGCAAUGCAGAGGUGGCACUUCCAGUGCCAAAGACAACAAAACCAGCUUUGAGAAUGUCUAUGUUUAUUAGACUGGCUACAUCAUCUUUUCAAAAGUAACAAGCUUCAUAAAAUUAAGGUUUUGCAAUCGAGGCUCAAAUUAAUUUGUACCUUAAUUUUUGUAACACUAGUGAUAUCUCAUAUUAUGACCUUAAUAAGUAUUAUAGUUGUUAUACUAUGUGUAACUGAAUAAUGUGAUCAAGACUAAAACCAGUGCAGCACUAUCUUCCAUUUUCUCGGCAAAAAAUCCCUGCUUAUGACUGGAAAGAAAAAAACGCAAAUUCUGGGCCAGGUACAUUUUGGCAAAAAAUCACAAGUGGCUGAUCACAAUAGAGGUUACCAAUUUCCUGAGACUAGGAUCCAGGCUCUUCGCAAUUCUUUUUUCUGGGCACAUUAAACUCAAUUUUAAAAGCUUCAGUACAAUACACUGUUUGUUUAAUCUCUUCUCUACUUUUCUUUAUUUUUAGACCUUGUAAAGGAUAUUAGGGUAAGUAACUUCAGAAAGAAAGAUGGUAAUUUAAGAAAAUAUGACCGCCUUCUUAUUGCUUGUGGUCAACUCAAUGGCAAACAAAACUCUGAGGCAGUGAUGCCAACUCUCCCGCUUUUGGCGGGAGACUUACGCUUUUGUGCCUCUUUUCCCAUUCUCCCGGUUUGGUACAUAAAUCUUCCGCUUUUUACGUCCACUGUAAAUAUUGAAUACUUAGUAAAAACUAAAACAGACUUAGUUUGAGAUUUAGCCCAUUUUUAGCUCAAAACUUGAAUUUUUCUUAUUCGCAGUACUGUUUCUGGGGCAUUUUUGCACGUAUGUAGUCAUUGACAAAGAUCAUUUCUAGCAUCAAAACGAUGAUUUCUAAUUUUGAUACAUCAUGUAAGACGUCAUACAAUGUCCUAAGUCAUUCCCAUUGGGGGAUGGGUCCAUUUUUCGGGGGGGGUAGUGAAAAAAAGACAAUCUCCCGAUUUAAGGUCUCCAGAGGUUGGCAUCUCUGCUGAGGAGACUACAAAAUAAUUUUGGCUAUACUCAUCACUUUCACUUUACCUGCUGAGAAAAAAAUAGAGAAAAAUGUUUUGAUUUGUUCCCCUAGUAAUAAUUGACACGAUUCACAUUUUUCUUCACUCUCUACUGAAGUCAAUUUACCAUCUCUAUACAUUGUAGGUUAUUUAAAUUGUAUAAAAGAAGAAACAAAUUGAAGAAUUGUAGCUCCUUAAUUAUUUGGCAGUGAAAUACUAGACUUACCCAUAAGCUGAACUGCAAAAGCAGAGCUAUGGGUGUAAAAAAUUAAUGGUGAGCAAAGCACUUGCAUUCCUAUAUAAUGACGAAGGACUCUGAGAAAGUUUGUUUAAUUGCCAGGUCUUGGAUGAUUUUGUUUUUGUACUAAGGUGUUAAUAAAAUUCUCAUUAAUAUAUAGAUUUAGCCAGAGUUAAAAGUGAAGCUCCUGUUUAUGCAUUUUAAAUUUACUUCAGACAAUGGACUUGAAACCUCUGCAAAGAAAUCCACAAAUCUAUAUUUAAGGGUAGAACCAUAUGAGAGAAAAACAUAGACUUUAGCCUGCAGUCAAUUAAAAACUAACAACUGGUCAGUGGAAAACAUGUGACCUAGAUGAGUUGCAUGUUUUGUAGAAUCUUGAAAAGAAUCUUUAAUUUUAGUAGUCGUCUUGAAAAGUCCUUGAAUUCGAUUAACGUUCUUGAAAAGUACUUGAUUUCUUUAGGUCUUAAGGUAUCAUCCACCCUCAAGCACCUUCCUCACAUUGAUUGGCACUAGUGCUUUUGCUUUUAAUAAAUACCCCCAUAAACCAUACAUUUUCUGAAAGCUUAAUAGUUCCAGAUUAUUGCUCAUUCCUUUUAAAAAAUCAAAAUAUUAACACGAUUUAGAAAUGAGAAGCUUUUUGUGAAAGUGGGUGUCGCUGUAAAUUUAAGUCCAGGCCAACCAAAAAUAAACAGAAGAAGCCGAUUAAAAGCGCAUGUUUGACUGAAAAAGAGUGUCUCAGAUUUUUGUCAAGUGCGUUUGUUCUUUUGUUAUAAACAGUUGAAGUUAGGGAUAGCAAAUCAUUAGCACUACCUGUGAAAAAAAUACUCUAACUCGAAAACGAAAAAAGAAAUCAGAAUUCGCAGACACGGUUUUUUAGAAAAACUAUCGGACAGUAAGCUGGCCAAAUUUCAGCCAAAUUGGUUCUUGGGUUGCUGACUUGGAGUUCAAAACAUACCCUCAACUUGCCCUGAUUUUUAUUUCAAGAAAAAAGUGGAAAAAGAUUUUUGGCGGCGUAAUACCCGUGAAGAGAUUAUAACAGAUUUUAACACCAAAGCUGUCAAUGUUGAUGCAUACCAGAGGAGGGACAACAAUAGUGACACAGCAGGAAAAGUCAAAAACGAAACCCAACAACAGAUGAACAAUUUAUUUCUGCAGUCUGCUCUGUUCGUUCCUUUCUUUUGUUGAGAAAGCAUAUGAUUGCGACGGGCAGUUUUCAUUUCCGCAUCAGACAAGCCAAGUUGAGCCAAACGCACUUUUACUCGAUACAUUUUCUAAAAGUUCGACAUGUUCCUGGAAAAAUCAACAACAAACCGCUUCCUGGAGUCUUUCCUGAAGCUUCUCUCCCGCUACAAUAGACUUUCAAAACAGUCCUUCGUUCGAUUUUUAUAUGGCACGGGACCUCUCGCAACUUUGUCGCUCGCUUGGCCGCUUGGCGGUCUAAAAAGCUCGCUCCGCUCGCUAAGAAACUCGUGAAACUUGAUUCCGCGGUAGUUUCAAUGGGUUUUUCAGGAGCUUUGUCAUCUUUUAGCCAUUUUUCUUGAUUGUAGUAGGAGCCCUUGUCGCUCUCUGCUAAUUUCGAAGCCCACUCUUUGCAAAACGAUUUUGUCAUCUUUCUUCUUGGAGUCAAGGACGAAAAUGGAUAAGCUGUUUUUCUUUCUUUGGAGGCAAUCACUUCCAAAAUCCAGGGAAAAACAGUGAGCACUAUACUGUCUAUGACCACAAUUUCUGUCAAACUGCGUGAUAAGCUUGGUUCAGCAGCGGCAUGAAUAUCAAGUAUGACAGGACUUGUCAAUGAUCAAUUAAAAUCAUAUAGCAUAGAAAAAAUUUUUGUGCUCCAUAAGUCUGCCCAGAAAAAACAUUUUUUCCUGGAAUUUUUUUAAAAGAAAGCUCUUGAUGAGCUCUAUUUAAUCAUCUAAAAAUUGCAAAUUUCGUAAAAUGAUGAUUUUUUACCCUGGAUGAUACCUUAAUAGUCCCUGAAAUUCAAUACAUGUACCUUACAUAAAGUAGUUAAAUUAAUGUGAUCAACCAUGGCUGGAAAAGUAAAAAUUGGAAAUGACUUCAUUAACUGCCAUUAAGUGUUUUAGACAAUAAGGUGUUUAAAAGAGGGUUAAAGAAUGCCGAUUUAUGGAAUAAAUCUUAGUCCUUGAAAAUUGUAAUUUGUCCUUGAGAAGUCCUUGAGAUUUGUUUGACUGAAGUUGUACAAAACAUGAGUUGGCACCUGAGCCCACAAUACAGUCAUGUUACUCUGGUCAGUGGAUACCCUGAUUUGACAGCUAGGAAUUGACCAUAAUAUGAAUGUCUAUUAUCAAGUUAAACACAGGUUACAGACUCCCACACUAGCUAGAAAGUUUGACAUUUCACAUUGGUUUCCCUGUGGUGCAGACAGCUGGACAGUUGGUCAUGAUUGCCAACAUUUGUUAGAUGGAUAGAUUGCCAAAUUUUCUUAGGUAUGGGGCUCCACUCGUGCAUGCUUUGCAUGCUCAUGGAGCUCUGUUAAGAUACAAAAAAUUAAUAUAAAAUAAAAAAAUGUCUCGAGGCAUUAAUUUUGUGGUGGUGUGUAUUUUAUGGACAACUUUUAAGGUGUAAUUUUUAAUUCAUUGAUUUAUUUUAGGACCCAGAGUUACCACAAACACUUGAGGAAUUAAGUGUCAUUGAAGAGGAAUUUAUUGAAAUUCAUCAGACUGGAAAUGAUGAAUACAUUAUUAAGAUAGAAUUUAAACCUACUGCUCCUCAUUGCUCUCUUGCGACACUGAUAGGUAAGUCAGACCAUAGAAGAGUACCAACACUUUGUAAAACUUCUCAGUACUGUGUGAGAUUGCUUUCUUUUUGUUUGUUUUAAUAUUAUUCAAAAUAUCUUGAUUACAACAGCACAAAGCAUGUGGCAAAAAUUUGAGGGUAGUUUCUUGUUGCUGCAGAUGGGCCAGUCACCAAAUGACAUAAUGCAAAUGAUUAAAAAGACACUGAAUGAUAACCCACACCAUAACACAAAAUGUGAACCAACAAUUAUGGUUUUUGACAACACCAAGAACAAGUGAUUUCUAAGUUAACUAUUUUGGUAGUCUCUUGGUGUUGUGGACGGGUGUGAUCACCAAAAAUUAUUGACUUAGUACUAAGCAGAAUGAAAAGACAAUGAACAAUGUCCACACCAUAACACAAAUGUGAACCAACAAUGGCUUUUGCAACACCAAGAAAGACCCAUUUUGUCUACAUCCCCUUCUAAUUUGACAAUAAUAAAAUAUGUAAAAAAAAAAUAUUAAAAUUCGUAAGCACUUCAUUAUUGCUAGGAGGGUUUAAUUCUUAUAAUACUUUACCACAAAUGUACUUGUGGUGCUUUUUCAAGUGCGGCAUUCACUUCAGGGGAGGCACUCUUUUGAGUAAAUUAAUACAACUUUGUGACUUGUUAAAAUUUCUUGGCCAUGUAGGUCCUUUUCUUUUUUUGAGACUACUGUAUGAGCCAACAUUUUUCCUUUGCUGGAUGUUUGAAGUUCAAAUGGCUGACUUAACUUUUUAGAUCACUGUGGUAAAAAGCAAAUUUCGAAUAAAAAAUAGCCUGCUGUCAAACUCUUUUGUCUCCUUUGUUCCAUGCUUUCCUUCAAAAGAAGUUGAUGAUGUAAUUCAGACAAUUUCAUUUGAUGGUACAUUGUAACUUUCACAGAGCUUUUGAGAUAAUAGUCACUGUCAACGACAUUCCCAUCUUUCUAGCUCAUUCUGGACUACUCUCACGCAGAUAAUCAAAUCCAUUUUUUUAAAAAACCUUGCUUUGAAACCAUGAAACAUAAAAAUACAACAAUUAUUAGUAUUUCUUGUACUCUAUAGGGCUAUGUUUGAGGGUAAUUAGAAUUGAAAUACACAACUGAACACAUAAGUGACAAAUAUUUCUUGUACUCUGUAGGACUAUGUUUGAGGGUAAAGUUAGAACGUUCAUUGCCUUACAAGUUCAAGGUAUGAAAUGCAGUUGAGUUUAGUUUGUAUCCAAUCCUAUCCUUGGUAUUUCUGUAUGUAUUUUUCUUUUAAGAAAAAAGUAUAAUUUGUAACAAUAGUCCAUUUCCAAGUUCCAGAACCUCUUACUUUCCAAACAAGGCUAAGUGCAAAACCUUUCUUGUGAAAAUGAGUUUUAUUUGCUUGAGAAUAAAAGAUCAUUUUCAUAUCAACAUCAUCGCACUAAGCCUCACUUUAAAACAGAGGCUUCGGGCAACUUACAAAUGGCUUAUUGCAAAGUUAAUUGUUAUGUUAAUUCAGUAAUGAGAGGCAGCAUUAAUUUCAGACAUGUAGGAUAAAUAUUGACUGACUUCUUAAACAAGCACCAAAGGCGCAAGCUCAUAGAGGGGUCCUGAGGCACUAACCCCAUGAAAUUUUAUUGAAUGUUAACUCCCUAAAGUCACCUUGCCUUCGUUUCUGAGUCAUUCAGACGGGAUAUUGGCGAGAUUUUAUUUGGAAAGUUUUUUUUAUCAAAAGUAUAUUUAUUUAUGAAAAAUCUGACCGAUUUCGUAAAACGGUGGAAACUGGUGUGGAUCUGCACCUGAAUUUUGCUUCUGCAACUUUAGAGCAAUAGAGAAGGCAUACACGUCUUAAUUGUAUGCUUUGUACCUUGCAUAUUUGUACACAUUAGAAAUUCACUUCAAGAAUGUGCUUUAAGUGAAAUGGAAGGGCGUGAUAAGCUGCAUACCGUAAAUGAUUGAAUAACCACUCUCCUUGAAGUAAGCACCCUCCUUCAAAUUAUCGCUCCUUGAGACUUAAAAUAUCAAUUUUGUGCCUCCCUUAAAAUAAGCACCCCAGCCAUUCCCCAAGAGAGAAAAAUAUCACUGACAAUGUAACUGAAUGUGCAGAAUGUAUAGAGGAAGAAUACGAUUUAAAUUUGGAAACUAAGAGGACUUUGGAGGAAACAGGGUUUUGGGAACUACCACACAGAGAUUUGUGUUUAUUCUUACAGAUAUUACAUUUUUGUUUACUGGAAAAAAGAGACAAAGUUAUUUUGAGUCUGAAUUUUGAAAAGAUUAAUAAUUUUCCCCCUCAUGCUAAGUUUUAGUCAUUUUUGGUAACUACAUUGGAUACCAGUUACUUGCCACAUUUUGUUUGUUUCACCAGCUCAUAUUUAUACACAGUACUUCAGAUACAAAUUGUUCUCCAGAGUCUCUGUCAACUGGCAAAAUUGUUGUCUAGUUGUCAAGGAAACACUGGCUAGGAUAAUAAGCACCAAGGAGGAUAAUAAAUCUUUCACAUUUUUCUUAAAACUUCAUUGGUUGAAACAAACAUAAUAAAUGCUUGUUUCAUCCAAUAAAGCAAAUGUGGGUAAGAAAGGUGCCAACCUCAUGGCUUACCCCAUUCUUUCCCUGGUCGGUCAAAGAGCACCAAACUGUGCCUUUUAGCGGCCCAAAAUUACAAUUUUAUCCCAGCGAGGCCCACAGACUCAUGCAAUGGAAGGGGGCAUACCUGUAGUGUCUCCUCACAUGCAAAUGCCUUUGUUGCUCUUCAAAGGAGUUGAGUGAUAAGUUAAAUAACGAUCUACUGGGUGUGGCGAAAUGGCUUCAUGAUCACAAAUUGACUUUAAAUUUGGACAAAACUAAAUGCAUGGUUAUCGGUAGUAAUAGGAAACGCGAAAGCAAAGUAGAUUUGACUGUUUCAAUUUUAGAUCAUAGUAUAAGUAAUGUUCGCAGCUUUAAAUACCUCGGUAUUCAUAUAUCUUCGGAUUUCACAUGGACUGAUCAUAUUGAACACCUAACUGGGAAAAUCAAUCAGAGGCUUGGGCUUCUCAAGCGUAUAAAGCAUUUAUUGCCUUUCAGGGCGCGUCUACUUUUCUAUAAAAGUCUUGUUAUGCCCCUUUUUGAAUAUGCUGAUCUAGUAUGGGGCGAUAAACAUAAUAUUACCCUUAUGUCUAGUUUGCAAGUUUUGCAAAAUAAGGCCGCUAAAGUUAUUUUAAAUAGACCAUUGUACUCAUCCUCCACUGAGGCAUUAGCCGUUCUCAAGUGGCUGCCUCUAGAGAAAAGGCGAUUUCAAAGAAGGUGUGUACACGUAUACAAAUGCAUCAAUGGCCUAAUUAAUCACGAUAUGGACUUGAUUAGACAAGACGUACUUCAUAGGCAUAAUACACGUAACAAAGGCAAUUUUAGAUUACCACGUGUCAAAAGAAAUUGGGGGAAGCAAAGAACACAAUAUCAUGCCGUUUCCGAUUUUAACUCCCUCAGUCAGACGAUCAAAGACUCAACGAAUGUAAAUAGUUUUAAACGUAAUGUUUUUAAGUUUUUAAUAUAGCUACUUACGUUUAAUUUUUACUUAUACUUAUUUUUAAUUUUUUAUGCAUUUUUUGUAUCUUUUUAAUCCCUUUGUAAUUUUAUAGCUUUUUUUGUUUUUAUAAUAUAUAUCUAGUUUUGAGGUCCUUUUUGAAAACCAUAUCUUUGAUGAAAAAGUUUCCUCAAUAAAGAUGAUUAUUAUUAUUAUGUUGCUGUCUACUGAAAUUUUUUCUCCUUGUUUAAAUUUUCAGGGGAACCCUGAAUACUUUGUUGAGUUAGAAUAUUGGGUUACUAAUAAAUUAGAACAAAUUAAUGUGAGAGCUACAGAGAAAUGAUAAGCUACAUUCCUUCCAUGGUAGGAUAUUAACUGCCUGCUUUUUGUUUGUUUUUCCAGCUUGAUAUUUUCCUUUCCAAGGGAACUCACUCUACAGAGGAUGAAAGUAGGUUACAAUGGCUUACUCAUAACUAAUAAGGGUGCUUACCAUAAGUCAGAACUGGCCAGCUUUAGUUCUGUGGGCUGAAUAGGCCGUUUCGGAGUUCCAAAAAGUCUCACUUUCAAAAUGAGGCUAAGUGCAAAACCUUUCUUGUGAAAAUGAGUUUUAUUUGCAUGAGAAUAAAAAAAUCAUUUUCAAAUCAAUAGCUUCGCAUUUAGCUUUGCAUUAAAACAGGGGUUUGGGCCAACUCAGAAAUGGCCUAUCAAGUUCACAAAAAAGAGUUUGCCUUGUGUUGAAACCGCUCUGGGCGGGAAGAUACCAGAAACCCAACACACGUUCUCAUUCAGUGAAAUUAACUUGGUUAGUAAUGAGGUCACAAGAAUAAGAAUGUACUGUAUCUAUAUUGUUCCUUUCUUUGACUCAUAAUAUUCCUGAUUCCUGUUGUUUUCUUGUUUCAGUUAACAAGCAAAUUAACGAUAAGGAAAGAAUAGCAGCUGCAAUGGAAAAUCCCAAUCUUAAAAAGAUUGUCGAAGAGUGUAUUUCAGAUGAAUAUUAAGUUAAAUUAAAUUGCCAGAAGUUGCCUUUUCCAAGCUCCAACACAUUGUUCUGUAACAAACAUUUUCAUCUAAAAGUCUUCUAGCUGGCAAGCAAAACUUUGAAAAGUGCGAAAUUUAAUUAAAAACUUUCAAAUUAAUUUAAUUAAAACACACGAGUUCAACAUCUUGCGGUAGUGAAUGCAGCGUAGAUCGUUGCAUUGUAGUCCUAAAUCCAUUCAUCAUUCCAUUCAUUUGCAUGCAUCGCACCUUGUCAAGAUUACCCUAAAUGGGCGUGGCUUAAUACUUAAAUAGAAGUUGUCGUAACUGAUAUUUUUCCCAGUCUCUAACGCUAGUAUAACGGUAGUUCUUGGAUGUAGAUGAAAGUAUUCCGUUACCCCUUUUCAUUAAAAAAAAAAUCCACUGUACAACGAUUCCAAUUAAUUUUAUUCUUUUUCAUUUUUUGUUUUUUCCGCAAUGCACGUUAAGCUUACACUUUUCCUGUUGCAAAAUGUAACUUAACAGGUUAAAAUUUUAUUUCUAGUGUUACCUGUACACACAGAGGGAUUGAAAUUUGUAAAACGC